UGUUUUGUUUUGUUUUGUUUUUAUUCGGUGCGCUGCUUGACCGGUUUAGGCCUUAGGCCUUCUCCUUUCUCACCGUCUCGGCGAGUGAUGGCGGCGGCGGGGCCGUUGAAACGGGCUCGCUGGCAGGAAGAGGACACGCUCGCCUCUUACCGCAUGCUGUCCCUGCACCAGAUGUUCGAGCUGGUCGGCUCGCAGCUCAGCCGGGCCGACGUCGAGGCGCUGUCCUUCCUGCUGGCUGAGGCCUACCCGCUGCAGCGGGCGCUGCGGGCCGGGGAGGAGAUGGAGGCGGAGGAGGGCGCUGCCGCGGACGAUGCCGUCCCCGGCCCCCGCGCCCCGGCCCCGGCCCCGGCCUGGGACGAGCCCGGCUGCUGCAGCAGUGGCGUCCGGCUGCUGUUCGAGCUGGAGCGGCGAGGCCUGUGCGACGAGACCAACUUCCGGCACCUGCUGCAGCUUCUCAGGGUCAUCAGCCGCCACGACCUGCUGCCCUACGUGGGCUGCAAUAGGGGCCGAGCAGUGUCUCCUGAGAGGUCUACUUGCAGAGGUCCUGUGUCAAGAGUUGGAGAGCAGGUGGAAAGCUGUCUAAAUUCAGAACGUGCUGUUUCAAUGCAGAGCGGUUGGGAACCAGGCGCAUCUUUGACCAAACGGCAUACGGCGACCCGUAGAAUUCGAGGCUCUGGUAAGCGGAGAGGAUACAAGAGAAAUGUGCUCCGUAACCAUGAAAGAGAGCAUCAGGCUCCCCAUCAACCGAGAGCAACCUGUGACAUAAGGUUACGGGUGCGAGCUGUAUAUUCUGAUCAGAAUACGGUGCUCCGAGGGAACGUAGUGUCUGUGAAACAGGACCCGCUGGACCGCUGUUUUGACCUUUUUGGGCAGGCGAAUACCAUCUUGAAAAGUCGGGACUUGGGAUCCAUCAUCUGUGACAUUAAGUUCUCCGAGCUCUCUUACCUGGAUGCCUUCUGGAAUGACUACAUCAAUGGUUCACUGCUGGAGGCUCUGAAAGGUGUAUUUAUAACCGAUUCACUGAAGCAAGCUGUGGGGCAAGAAGCAAUCCAACUGCUUGUCAAUGUAGAUGAAGAUGAUUAUGAAAAGGGCCGAAGAGUCCUUCAAAAUAUUUGUCCAUGAGAGAUUUAGUUGGAACUGAGAUAAUUGACUAUAUUAACUGUUAAGCUAAUUAGCUUCUUUAUAUGAAGUUAAAAUAAAGAGAAGUAAUUAGCCCAUUCUUACAUCCUUUCUUUCAUUCAGUCCCUUCCCUGUACUUCUGGAUCAGGUGCUUUUACCAUGCUGAUCUGGUGCUGCUGUGUCAGUGCAGAUACAAUUUUUCAUUUAGCAUUGGCAGUGUUUUGUAAAGACAACUUGUGUGGUUUAUUGCACAAUGUCUUGUGCAUUCGUGGUAGGAAGUGCGGAGUUUGUGCUAAGACUGCCCUUCCUCAUGCAAUUCCACAUGAAAUUUCUGUGUUUAUACUCCUGCAAUCUGAUUGCAUGCACAAGGUUGGACAAGAUCUACAAAAAUGUGGCCACAGCCACAGGAACGUGUCAACGAAAUUCCCAAUCAUAAGACCUGAAUUCUGGUACUCCAGCACUUAAGCAUUUGUUGCUCUUUCUGAUGGCUUAAAAAUUCACUUUUUGUCUGUUUCUCAGUCCUUCCUACUAUUCUUGCUCUCUUCAUAUUGUUGGUUUCUUCCUGGAUACAGCUUUGUGGGUCCUAGUACCAUUCCAUUAUUCUUGUGAAGUUCUCAUGAUAUCCAUUUUCCACCACACAUCGUUGGGUGAUGCUGGUACUUGAAUUUGAGCUAAUAUAGCAUAGCUCAUACCGAACCUUAGGACAUUGAUCUGUUUCCUGUGCCUUUGAUCUUCAAACCACACAGACUAGGAAUUGGGAUAUGGGGUUUUGUGCCACUUUAAUGUAGCCUUUGGUCCUCUCCCCAAAAAUAGCCCACAGAAUUAGAUUGUGUAGCUUGCCUCCCAAGCAUGAGGCCACUUGGAGAAGAUAAAAAUUUAAUCCUAAUAAUGACUCUUCUUGGGUUAUAAAUAAAAAGUUGAGCUAUAUCUAACCUUUCAUAUGUAGUUCCUUUGGAUGGAGAGAAGAUGUCCUUUUAUUCAAAGUGCAGUGCUGUACUGAAUUAAAUGCCUAAAAUUUUGACCAUUAGAGUGGACAGUUUGGAAACAAGAAUUCACUUUCAUUUUCCUGGUGUUGAUUAAUGCAAACAAUUUCAUUUCACAUAAUUUGUUUAUUAGGAUUAAAUUUAGCUUAGGAAGCUAGAGAAAGGGAGAUGUGCAGUGUAAGCUUGUAUAUUUCUCCUGAGUUGUUUUGGAACUUCAAAAAAAAAUUGGUUGUGCUUAGUGGUGUAGCACCAAGUGGUGCUACAGUUUAGAUUUGAUUAAGAAAGUUGGGAAUAUGAUCUUAUUUCAGAUGCACCAAUCGCUCUCAACUCUGCAUGCACUCACUCUCCCUCUUUCUUUUCCACUCAGUUUUUGUCCUGUCUUUUUAGUCUCCUGUGCUGUCUGUAUUCUACUAACAUGCACCUGUCUUCUAUACAAUGGACCAUGCCUAAAGAUGUCAACUUGUCAGGUCGUCAAUGGUAGUGAUGCUUUUUGAAGGCAAUUCAAUACUUGUAAAAAUUGAGUUGAUUUGUGUGUAAUUUUAUCACCAAAUUAAUUUCCAAAAAGUUAUUCCAUUAUUAGUGAAAAUCUACCAAGCCAGAAGGACAGAUGAGGAUUGGGCUUCUAUGACAUGUCCAAACUGAAAUCUUCUGCAAGGAGUGAUGAAGAAGGUACUUCAGUCACUUGUUAGGAUCUUGAUGUACUAUAAUCUUGGCUGAAGUGCAUGGCCAGUCUGUAACACUGAGGCUACUGAGCAGAGGCAGACACUUAACAAACUGGAAGCCAAGGUAUUCUUCAUUUCGCCUGUAAAGGUGAACGGUUUUGGACAAGAAUAAUCCGAUUACUGGAAAAUGGGCCACAUUCUUUAAAUGUCUGGCAGCUGCUGGCAUUAUUCUCGUGUUGUGAUGUUGAAUUCUUACCAGGAUAUGAGGAAUUAGCUCAGUAUUUUCACAAGAAAACAUGCUGGCUUGGAACACCCCAUUUUGGUAAUGAGGAAAUCUGGAGCCGUGGGUUCUGCCAUCUGUUCAUGAAAUAGUUACAACAUUCUCCAUUGUUUUUGUGAAAUCAGAAUGUUGAUUGUUGUGAAAACUGAUACUGCAACAAACCUUUGUUCAAGUGGUUUGGGAAAGAGUUAAGAAUAUAAUGUUGGCUUCUUGAGGUUAAAUGAGUUGUACUACGAAUCAUUUUGAGGAUGGUAUCAGCUGAGAAUGAAGUAAGCAAGCAACACCUAACGUCGAAUCGUGAGAGAGUUAGCUAUUCAAGUAGCAUGUUUCAGAAGCAUGAAGAAAUAUAAACUCUUCCUCAGUUAGUUAAUAGAAGCUGAACAGGAGACCUCAGGAGACUCUUCCUCUUAAGCCAGCUGAGAGGCACUGCUGUCUUGAUACCAUAUGUAUCUGCACAUCUGGCCUGUGCAGGCCUGAUGGUGACAGUGGUGCACCUACUACUGCUCACUUCUAUGGCCAUGUGGUGCAGGUGUGUAGGUCCCUGUCAAAGAAACUACCUUCAACCAUCAUAGAAUGGCCAUUUACCAUGAUGGGGCAUUUUUUUUCUUGCCCCCAAACACUUCUUGCUGCUCCCUAGCCCUCAUUUUGGCUUAUUGAUUUAAAGAGAAUUUUAUUUUACCUGUAAGCUUGUGUGUGGCGCUAACACUUCUGUGCAUCUGUUGGAAUACAGUGUAGCUGGAACAUACAUGUGUUUUUGUUGGUGACUUUGGUAUCUUCUUUAGAUUGGAAAGUUUUCACUGAGGGCUAUACCCCCCAAUUAGACAUUUUGAGGCACCUUUUUGUAAAGCAUGUGUUCAAUAAAGACUUUUUUUCGCAAAA